GAGAGGCGGGUCUCGGCGAGCAGCUGCGGCAGAGCUUCAGAGCGACGACCGCAGAGAGCAGAGACCCGCGGAGCUCGUAAAUCUUCUGUCUUUACUCGAGUUCAAGCAGUCAACAGAGCGGGAAGACAUUCUUCACACAAACCAGGAUUUGUAUUUGUUUUAUGUAAACAUUUUUUUGGGCCUAAAUAUGCUGCUGUGUUCACACUUCGGAAGGAGAAGAGGCCAGCCUUAGAAUAAACUCACCACAAGUUGAAGACCUCUCCUCAGACGAGGAAACAAAGAAACACUCGGCAUUGAAUCUCUGAUCCCCCCUUAUUCUUCAUUUGUUAAAUCUUUCCGACACUUCAGCCAGUCGUGAUGGAAGCCAGAGGAAAGUAUGAUUUUUCUGCAACAGCAGAAGACGAGCUCAGCUUCAGAAAGGGCGAUAUACUUAAGAUUUUAAGCCCACAGGACGAUUGGUAUAAAGCUGAGAUGCACGGACAGGAAGGAUUUGUACCGCAAAACUACAUCGAGAUGCAGAAUCCGAGAUGGUUUCAGGAAAACGCCACUCGCAGCGCUGCAGAGGAUCUCCUGAGGCACAAAGAUGUGGGAGACUUUGUGAUCCGAGGCUGCCAGAGCUCCCCUGGAGACUUCUCCAUCUCUGUCAAACACGAAAGUGACGUUCAGCACUUCAAAGUGAUGAAAGACAACAAAGGCCAGUACUUCCUGUGGUCUGAGAAGUUCACCUCCCUAAACAAGCUGGUGGAGUUCUACAAGAACACGUCCAUCUCUAAAACCAGGGAGAUCUACCUCAGGGAUGGCAGCCCAGACUGUAAGAGCUCCCCCAUGACCCAGUCGGUGAAGAGGGGAAGUUUGCCUGAACAGCGUAAUGCAGCUGCUGUCGCUGCUUUACCCCGCAGGCCUUCAGACCAGCCUCCCAACCAGCUGGCUAAGAGAGUGGGUCUGGAGGAGCGAGCUCACACCAUCGGUCACACAGGGAGAAGCAGCCCCAUCAGCUCUGCUUAUCCUCCCCGUCGCACGUCUGAAACCAUGCCUCUCCCUCAGGUCAGCCUGCCGUCCUCCCUCCUGUGCUGAGAAAAAAAACAUGCC